AUGCAGAACCUGAUGGAUGGCAAAAGCUACUGUAGCCUCAUCUGUGCUGAGGCUCAGCACAUACAGCUGGCAAGGCCUUUCUGUGCAGACCCCCUGGUCACGUUUCACAUGUACCCAGAAGCACCAAACCAGGUCCCUUUGUCCGAAGAGUUGUCAUUCCUUCCUUUCAUGUCGGAGCAUCUCAUCACGGAGACCUUCUACAGUGAGCCCUGCCCCUUUCCCUACCAAAUGCCCCCUUCCAGUCUCCACAAAAUCCUGCAGGCAGCAGCUUUUCCAAGCAUGGCUGCUUUGGAAGGGUGCCUGUCUGGGGGUCCCAGGUAUUGCAGUGUGAGGCCAGCUUUGAACAAGUUUUCAUGUUCCACUGUCAUAUCCACAGUUAACCCCUGCUGCAGGAGCUCUUUUCUUGUGUAUCCUGCCUGGAUUGCUGAGCCCCUCGCCCCCCAGAGGUGCCCGUGGAUCAGCCACUGCGUCCCCUCCCCUGGCCCAGCAUGGAAGAGACUGGGACAGUCAGAAGGCACAGACAGCAACGUGCCUGUGCUGGCUAGAGGGGAGCAAGAUGGGUUUUAUUACCAUGGCACAGUAAAAGAGGAGAUAGAGGGUGAACGAGGCAUGUUCCUGGUAGAGUUUGCCAAACCACUUGUGUCACGUGGAAGGCAUCCAGUGAGUGUGCAAAAAACAGCAAAGGAUGACAUCCUGGAAUAUGUGAAUGGGAUGAAGCACUCCUUGCUCCCUGGAGACAGAGUGCUGGCACCCUGGGAGCCAGACAGGGCCAGGUACGGCCCAGGAACUGUCCUCAGGGGCAUUGAGACAAGGGAUCCCUUACGAGCCUCAGAAGAUGAAGAAAUUGUUGUCCAGUUCUGGAAUGACAAGCAAGUGAAACUCCCCUGUGGUGUGGCUCUGUGGAUCCCUCCUAGCCUGUGGGAGAGGAUUGUGGAGAUGAUCCACAUGCCCUUCACCAGCAGGGUGAAGCCCAGACCAAGCCAGGACACUAACUCUUGUAUUUUUCCCUGCAGUCCUAAGCCAGCCCUGAUUCCUGCUUGUGCUGUAUGUAGCCUUGCCAAGCACUGCUUGCUCUGCUCUCCCUGCUGGCCACAUUUCCACCAGCGCUGUGCUGGUGGGAUCUGCUGUUCAUCAGCCUGGGUAAGGAGCAUCUGCUGCUGCCAUCCCUGUGCUGGUGCCUGGUGGCCUCUUCCCUCCAGGUCUCUGGUCUUUCAGGACAAAGCUGAAGAGGCAGAGUCCAGCAGUGAGCUCUCUCCAGGCCUUCUAGUACUGAAAGGCACAAAACAAGGAGAAGCUGCAGCUGUGGCAACAUGUUCUCCCUCUUCUGAUUCAGAGUGGGAUCUGAAGCCAUCCCUCACUAAGAGUACUGUGGGGGACAGUGCUGUUAACCCAGGCUCCAGCUGUCUUGAAAAGCCCAGGCUAAAGGAUUCUGCAAGACCUGAGGGGAAGUACUGGAAAAGAAGCCACCAAAAGUCCCAUUCCAGUAAUUCAGGACCUGGAAGCUGUAGCAGCACAUGUACAAAGGGCCAGCUGGAAUCCAAAGCCGUGUCCCCUGGGGGCACAUCCAGUGUGGCCCCAGCUCAGCAGAGUGCAAUGUUUGAAAGCAUUAAGCAGACCCCCAGAGGGCAACUCACACUGAAAGAAAUCCUAAGAGAGCAAGAUUUCAAGCCAUCAUUGAGGGUAAGAGGCAGACAGUUUAAACAGCAGAUUCCUACUGUGAAGCUGGGGGAUAGAGAAGAAGGCUUUGCAGCAUCAGAAAAACAAAGAUAUAAAGCAGCAUCAGAUGAUAAAUGUAAAGUGACUUGUGUUGGAGAUGACAAACCUGAUGUUACAGACCCUGUCAGAGCUCACUUGCAACAAAACUGA